AUGACCGCCAAACGGCUUGACACCCCGUAUGCAGACCCGUUCAUCUUGGUGGAUCUUGGAUCCCUCAGAUUCGCUCAGUCCACCUUUCUCCACUCUCCAAAACGCAAGCCCCCCCAGUCGAGUUCCCUCAAAGAUUCUCAGACCUUGCGAAUCCGCCUCCGCAAGAUCCGCGAACUCGUGGACGGCCACAAGAAGAUUGGCAACAUACUGUGGGUAUCUGCAAUCGCUCUCAGCCGCUGGAUCGUACGAAACGAACGGACAGCAAUCGCGGGCAAAAGCGUCCUGGAGAUUGGGUCGGGGCUUGGGCUGUGCGGGAUUGUGGCGGGGCGGUACGCAAGCUCGGUGGUCCUGACCGACUUUGACCCGGUAAAUCGAAGCACACUUCCGGACGAUCUGGAGGCAGGAUCCUGGGGUGCCGAAGUUCUGCACUUUGGUACCAAAAGAAAGAGCAAGGUCGUCGAGGCGGAUGGCCGCUUCUGCACCUCGAAGGUGCUCGACUGGUACGACCUUCCGAAGGACGAGCACGAAGCUGGGGCGCCAACCGAGGGAACGAACAAGGAUGGCCAAGAUACUGAGGAGAACCAGGGGGUUUCAACCGGGAACAGAUUCGACGUGGUUCUGGGGAGUGACGUAGUGCACGAGGAGGGGAUGGCUGACGGCGUCCUCGCCGUAUUGAAACGAUUCUUGCGUCCGAACGGACAGAGCACGUUGCCAAGAGUCUUUACUUGGUCACCGCCAUCAGAAAGAGUUUCCACCAGGAAAGGAACUUAUCAAGGCAGCAGGAAGUCUGGCUUUGACCACCAGUCCAGAAGGCUUUCAAGUACAGUAGCCAUGUGGGGCAGCCCCGCGAUCAAGAAAGAGGCCCCCGGUCCCGGGCAAGAAUCCGUGUGGGACUACCCCCGGCCGCCCCGGUUAGAGAAGACCCCAAAGCACAUCAAGGUCGACUUUAACGGCGUCACCAUCGUAGAUACAAAGAACGCGUACCGAGUCUUAGAAACGUCGCACCCCCCGACCUAUUACCUGCCCCCAGGGGAUCUCAAAAUGGAGCAUUUUACCAGGUCGCCCGGCCAGCGUUCCUUCUGUGAGUGGAAGGGUCAUGCCACGUAUUGGUCGAUCAAAGUUGGCGACAAGGAGGCUCGCGAUGUGGCUUGGAGCUACGAGAACCCAACGCCGCCGUUUGCGGCCAUCAAAGGCUAUAUCGCUAUGUAUGCGGCCCCGAUGGACGGCUGCUAUGUAGACGGAGAGAAAGCUAGCCCCCAACCGGGUGGCUUCUAUGGGGGCUGGGUGACCAAAGACAUAGUGGGGCCCAUAAAGGGAAUCCCUGGGUCAAUGGGAUGGUAAAGUCGAAGGCAGGUCAACUUUGAGGAAACUCCCGCUGGUUGACGGGCUUGCUAAACGAAAAGUCUGCUAGAGCGGGUCCAAAACCCUUUUUGAAAGUCAGCUAGUCAUUUGUUGUACAGCCGCUUCAAAAGCUUCCAGCCAGUCAUUUGCCCUAGAGUCGCUCCAGAAGCCAAACUCAGUUAAGUUGAGGCCAGCCAGCCAUCGCUUGUAGAUUGUAUCAUAGUGUACCAACAGCUUGACCAUACUGCAUAGGGAAUGCAAAUCCGCAUUGAAGUUCGGACUAUUUCAAAUCAAGUAGUAUCCCAGCCCGCAUAGAGCUAAGCACACAUGAGAUGCAAGCUCUGGCACAAUUAUGAUCGACUGGCACUGUGCCAAAGUCACACAUGCAAGCCUGCGCUGCAAAUCUGUCAAGUAUCCUCCCGC